AUGACUGUUUCCAGAUUAUUAUGAAAUAAUAAAGCAACACAGGGAACAGGUAGAUAGUUUAAUGGAAGAAGCUAGAGCUAUAGGAAAAGAUGGAUGGACUCCUUUUGAUUUGGUUAGGAUCAGGAUUUGGUUCCAUCUUUUUAUGGAUGAAAGGUAUCGCUGUAAGCAUAGUCAUGAUAUUGUUUUUUGUUUUAUCUUUUAUAUCUAUGUUUUUAAAUGCUUAUUAUAUUGCAUUGCUAGAGCUACCAAGCCGCAAAAUACAAAUGAAGGUUAUCUGGCUAUGUAAAGAAUUGAGAUCAUGUUCAUGA